GCCACCUUUGUCGUCCUCAACCUCCUCGCGAUGAGCGGCGCGCUGUACAAGAUGAACACGAUGGGCCUGCUCCCGAACACGCCCUCGGACUGGGCCUCCUUCCUCGUCGUGCCUCCGCCCGUCCAGGUCUCCACCGGGAGCCAAAUCUCGGCGCCCCUCGCCCACUGA